AUGUGUACUUAUAUCAAUUUUCAUAAUGUUGUUCAUUAUGUUCAACUUCAUAUGAAUGAGAAUGCAUGGCUAUCUAUAGAAUCUGAUUUUAACAUAAAUCGUGGAUACAGUUAUGUAGAUUAUGUUGUGUAUAUCAAUGGUAAUAUGGUCUUAAUAGAAGAAGCCAAGUGUAAAGAUACCGUCAAGGACAUAGCCCAAGUUCUUAUGCAAAUGCAUACUGUAGUGGAAACAUUAGGUAAAUGCAAGUGUGACUCAAAUCCAAUUCCACAAAUAUUUUGUAUUGUAACCACAGGUCGUAAUUGGCGAUUCAUUCGCUGGAUUGGUCAACUAGAAAGUCCAAUGGUCGAAAUUUUUGAGGAAUAUAUAUGCGGAUUUCAGCGGGAUGAUAAUAACUCAAAAAAUGUGAUUGAAUGUAUAUUACAUAUUCUUAAAGAGCAGGCUACAUUUUCAAAUAAUAAUGAAGACGAACAAGAUGUUUAA